AUGGUGAUUGUAGCUCGUGCGAAUCGGAAACCAGCUCGAUCGAAGGCUUCUACAAGUUCCGUUGUUCGAAGAUCAACCAGAUCCAUCUCUGAUGUCAACGUCUCUCCUCCGAUCUCACCACCAGUGACCGAUUCUCAGGUUUCUGGGGUCUCGCGAGUUGUUGCAUCACCAGCGAUUGUUGAUCCGUCUCACUUACCCUUCUUCCUUCACAAUGAAUAUCAUCCAGGUUUGAACAUCAUUUCUCUUUGUUUAGAUGAAACGAAAUAUGAUGAUUGGAGUUAUGUGAUGCGUAUUUCACUGGAUACAAAGAAUAAGCUCAAGUUUAUUGAUGGUUCUUUGCCUAGGCCUCUAGUUAUGGAUCCAAAUUUUGAUAUGUGGUAUAGAUGCAAUAGUAUGGUCAAAGCUUGGUUGCUUAAUGUUGUCUCUCCUCAGAUUUAUCGUAGUAUACUACGUAUGAAUGACACUACUGAUAUAUGGCGUGAUCUCUACGGUCGUUACCACUUGACCAAUCUCCCACGCACAUAUAAUCUUACUCAGGAGAUUCAGGAUCUGCGUCAGGGUUCUUUGUCAAAGUAUUACACUCGUUUGAAGACUCUAUGGGAUCAACUUGAUGGUUUAGAGGAGCCAGAUGAUCCUUGUGUGUGUGGUAAAGCUGCUCGUCUGCAUUUGAAGGCAAAGAGAGCUAAAACAGUUAAGUUCUUGGCUGGUUUGAAUGAGUCUUAUGUUAUUGAUGAUAGUCAAAAAGUUUUCACUACUGCCACUCCUCCUACGGCUUUUCAAGUGUCUCAAGCACCUUUGGCUCCUGCUCUCUCUCCUGCUCCUGAUAUAUUGUAUGUUCAUAAUGGUCCAAACAAGGGUAGACCAAUUUGUUCGUUUUGCAACAGAGUGGGACAUAUUGUAGAGCGUUGUUACCGUAAGCAUGGUUUUCCACCAGGAUUCACUCCAAAAGGGAAGUUCGGUGAGAGAACUCAUAAACCACAAGGUGUACAAUCUGUGGCAGCACAAGUUUCUUUGUCUCCUAUGCCUGAGAAACAAUCGAUUGAAGGCAUGAUUGGUAAUCUCUCUAAAGAUCAUCUCCAGAACAUCAUUGCUCUUUUCAGUUCACAGCUUCAAUCCACGGCUCCAGUUAUUACUCCAGCAGCAGCGAGUACUUCCCAGUCAGCUUUAGAUCACCCUAGUAUCUCUUUCUCUAACCCUGUUUACUAUUUCAUUGGCAUAUUAGCGGUUUCUAAACACAUUUUGUCAAACGACAUAUGGGUGAUUGAUUCUGGUGCAACUCACCAUGUGUCACAUGAGAAAGAUGUUUUUAUCUCUUUGGACACCUCUGUUGAGAGUUUUGUGAAUAUGCCAAAUGGUCAGCAUAUUAAGAUCAGUGGAGUAGGCAUGGAUCCUACCAAGGGGGUGAUAAUUGGUAAAGGUCGUCGUAUUGGCAAACUCUAUGUGUUAGACACAGACUUUUCAUCAGUUUCAGUCAAUGCAGUGGUGGAUGUCAGUGUAUGGCAAAAGAGGCUUGGGCAUCCUUCUUACACAAGACUGGAUGUUAUCUCUUAA